AUGAAAAUCCACUGGUACUACAUCCCCUCAAACCAUCACACCAGGUCAACCACCAGAAGCCAGCUCACAACUGAUCGUACACAGGGGCUCCCCCGAACCGGGUCUAUCCCCCGCAUGCAGCGCGGUCUGCCCGAGCGGCGCAAGAUCAAGGACGUAGCCAAGGUCGUCGCCGUGUCAUCGGCAAAAGGUGGCGUCGGCAAGAGCACAGUCGCGGCAAACCUGUCACUGGCAUUCGCGAGGAUGGGCUACCGCUCUGGCAUCCUAGAUACAGACAUCUUCGGGCCGUCGAUACCCACACUCUUCGACUUGUCUGGGGAGCCGAGACUCUCGUCGAACAACCAGCUCCUGCCCCUUUCCAACUACGGAGUCAAGACCAUGUCGAUGGGCUACUUGGUAGGCGAAGAUGCCCCUGUGGUAUGGCGUGGCCUGAUGGUCAUGAAAGCCCUCCAGCAGCUCUUGCACGAAGUAGAGUGGGGUGGUCUUGACGUCCUGGUCUUGGAUUUGCCUCCUGGUACUGGUGAUACGCAGCUCACUGUGACGCAACAGGUUGUACUCGACGGUUCUAUCAUCGUGACUACGCCUCAUACACUAGCCGUAAAGGAUGCAGUCAAGGGGAUCAACAUGUUCAAAAAGGUCAAUGUACCAUUAUUGGGGCUCGUCCAGAACAUGUCACUAUUCAACUGCCCACAUUGUCAUCAGGGCACAGCAGUAUUUGGGUCUAAUGAGCGGGUCAAUGCAGUUUGUCAGGAGCAGUCCAUCGAUCUGCUAGGAGAUAUCCCCUUGCAUCAGAAUGUUGGCGACGACGGCCAAAGGGGUAAACCCACCGUGGUCGCUGAGCCGGACAGCGAGAGAGCUCAGGCCUUCAUUGAUAUAGCGCAGCAAGUGGGUUCGAAGAUUGGACUGUAA